AUGACUUCUUCAGCGCAAAAGGACUUCAAGCUUAGCGACAACGCCAUACUCAAGCUCACCGAAGAGGAUAUGAAGAGGAUCCGAUCCCUUUCAUCCGUCGCAAAUGCUCCAACUACUAUGCCAGCAUUCGACAAAGCCAAUAUCCCCGAUCACAUUCGCCAGCUGGAGCGAGCCUUCAAGGACUACGAUAUUACUAGCGAUUCGAAGAAGAAACAACACCUAGCGGAGUACAACGUCUCUAGUUUUUUCGGAUACAAUAUUCGAUGCAACAUCGAAAGCCUCGGAAGCUUCUCGGACGAUAAGGUAUCUUGGGACGAGUUCAAAGCACUAGUAAAGGAGGAAUAUAAGGCCUACGAUCUCGCGAGAUGGAAAGAUAGCAUUAGCUUUUUAUACGACUUGAGCAACAAAUAG